ACCACCAUAGUAGAGUUCGUUUGAGCUUCAUUUCCUUUCCACAGCCUGGGACCUCAAUCAAUGGUGACAAGAAGAAAGCUCCUGAAUUUGUUAUCAGCCCUAAACGUUUCUGACCUACUUCCUCAUCACGCCAAUGCAAUUAUCCGUUUUUCCAAACCCCCCAAAACCCUUAGGGUUUAUUACGGAACCCAAUCAUCCAAACUCCCCGAAUACGAGAUGCCAUCGGUGACAUGGGGCGUGAUCCAAGGUCGCAAGGAGAAGCUCGUUUCGCGAGUAAUCAUCUUCGACUACCUCAAGGGUUUGGGAAUCAUCCCGGACGAGUUGCACGACCUCGAACUUCCCUCCACCGUCGACGUCAUGCGCGAGCGUGUCGAGUUUCUCCAAAAAUUAGGUCUAACAGUCGACGAUAUCAACAAUUACCCUUUGAUCUUAGGUUGCAGUGUCAGAAAAAACAUGAUUCCCGUGUUGGGGUACUUAGAGAAAAUUGGGAUUGCAAGGCCCAAGCUUGGGGAGUUCGUUAAGAAUUACCCGCAGGUGUUGCAUGCUAGUGUCAUCGUUGAGCUUGCUCCUGUUGUUAAGUUCCUCAGGGGCCUUGAUGUGGAGAAAGAUGAUAUUGGGUAUGUGUUGCAGAAGUACCCUGAACUUCUUGGGUUCAAGCUUGAGGGUACUAUGAGCACUUCGGUGGCUUAUCUUGUUAGUAUUGGAGUGAACCCUAGAGAUAUUGGUCCAAUGGUUACUCAGUAUCCUUAUUUGUUAGGGAUGAGAGUUGGGACUGUGAUCAAGCCCAUGAUUGAUUACUUGGUCGAUUUAGGGUUGCCGAAGAAGGUUUUGGCUAGGAUGUUGGAGAAGAGAGCUUACAUUCUUGGCUAUGAUCUUGAGGAAACUGUGAAACCCAAUGUGGAAUGUUUGAUUAGUUUUGGUGUUAGAAGGGAGUGUUUGGCUUCGGUUAUUGCUCAAUAUCCGCAGAUUCUUGGGCUGCCUCUGAAGGCUAAGUUGUCCACUCAGCAGUACUUUUUCAGUUUGAAGCUUAAGGUUGAUCCUGAAGGGUUUGCACGGGUGGUGGAGAACAUGCCUCAGGUAGUGAGCCUGAACCAGCACGUGAUUAUGAAGCCCCUUGAGUUCCUCCUUGGAAGGACUGUAACAGAGGAGGAUGUGGCUAGAAUGGUGAUCAAGUGUCCUCAGUUGGUGGCAUUGAGAGUUGAGCUGAUGAAAAACAGCUAUUACUUCUUUAAGAGUGAGAUGGGGAGACCCUUGAAAGAGCUUGUGGAAUUCCCGGAGUACUUUACUUACAGUUUGGAGUCUAGAAUCAAACCCAGAUACCAGAGGCUCAAGAGUAAGGGGAUAAGGUGUUCGUUGAAUUGGAUGCUGAAUUGUAGUGACCAGAGGUUUGAAGAGAGGUUGCAGGGUCAUUACAUUGAAACUGAAAGUGUAGGUCCCGGAUUCUGUAUGGGAGGGAAAUUGGAGCUACCGGGGAAUGACAUAAUGUCAGAUGACGAAGCUGAGAUUGAUGAUGAAAUACUAUACAGAAGAACUGUUUCUCUAUAGCUCCACUAUUUUUUUAUUUUUCUGGGGUUGGUGAAACCAUUCCAAAGUAUAAUUGUUAUCAAUUAGAGGACUAGUUUAAUCUGUUUUGUCCCCAUUUGUAUUGCCAAUAGAUGACAUAUCACUUUCUCUAUUCAUUCGUUUGCUGUAAUAUCUUUGGAGGCAAUAGUGAAGUCUGAAACCCUGAUAUUUCGCCCUGAAUAUCCAUGUAAAUUAUGUUGUUUGUUUCCUUCGUGAUCUAGUGAUAAACUAAUAGUGCCAUUAA